GCCAUCGAUUCAAACGGUGCAAAUUUCUCGAGGACUAUCGAGUAAUCGGCAUCCUAAGAUACAAAUUGUACACAAUUCAACCCCAAACAAGAACCUCCGUGAAAAUGCGACGCCGUGAACUGCAGACCAUCCAGCUGAAGCUGUCCGAUCUCAAGGAGUACGAGCAGGCCAAGAUGGAGCGCCUGAGGAGCCGCCAGCAGCUGCUGACCCCCCGGACGCCCACUCCCCCCUCCGACAGCGAAGUGCUGCCGGUGACCUCCAGUGGCGUACCAGCGGUUCUCCUGGCCAGCGGCAAGAAACAGGAAGACGACGCCGCCGUUGCCAAGUCAGAGCCCGCGAGUCAGAAGCCCAGCACAUCCUCCAACUAGGACUAGGUAAGUUCACAUACAUUUAUAUUAUCGUUUACAUGGGAUAAUCGUCCGCCUGGCUGUCGUUGUUGUUCUGAAA